AUGCCUCUCCUAGCUCCGACCAAGGGACAAAAGAAUGCGGCGAAGAGAGCUGCUAAGAGACAAGGUGCAUCAGCUACUAAGGAAGCUCCGUCGGGUAAAGUAGAGUACGCGAUAGUCGGUAAUAUCGAACCUGAGCGGCUCGACCUGCCCGCAAUCGCAUUUACACCCACUCAGGAAAGCGCAACAUCGACACGUAAUGUUGCUGUUUCCCUCCUUGAGCACUACAGCCUUACGUCGUAUGAAGAUAUAGUCGCUGCUCCAUCUAUACCAACCACAUCACAGCAGGUACCACAACCGAACACGGAUCUUCCUAGGUCUCAGUCCUCAGGGUCUCCGCCUACGUUGUCCACACUGCCUUUAGAAUCCCUGGGCAGCUUCAGCGAUAGUUUCACCUUCACAGCUCCUACUGGCAUUGGUAAGUUUGGUGAACGCUCAAAUACCGCCGACUUCUCCGACCACGAGUACGCGUCUUCCUUUUCCAAGGACGUUGAGGACUUUGCGUAUAAGAGUCCAACUUCUUUGGGUUUCAGCGAAGCCUCCGUGGAAGACCUACGUAGUCCUACGUUUACGACCGCUGCAGCAUCAACAAGAGCUUUCGAGGCAGCCUUGUCACGAACAUCUGGCACGAUAGAGUCAUCGAUCUCCACGUGGCUCGGAGAUGCCACGACUGCCAACGCUCCUGCAUCCGUGUGCGAGGACGACUUUCCAUGCCCAGCUGCUGAUAUCUGGAAACAGCCGGAAGUGUCAUCGGACUAUGCGAAUCGGGAACAAGCUCUUGUACCGUACUGCAGGCUCAAGCCACUUACUGUGGACUACGAAGCGAACCAAGAUCUCGACGAGAAUAACAUUGACCUGUCACUUGAAGGCAUACUUCCUGGCCGAAUGUUUCUAGCGAGCGCGGAUGGUAUGAUCCAAUGCAUCGCCCACGACCAGUUUCUACACAACGUCGAAACCAUCAAGGAUGAUGGUGGGUCAGACUUUGACUCGGUCGCUUCUCCAAGCAAGGGUUACCUCGCGGAUGCCAGUGAAGAGUAUAAUGAGACUUUCGAGAGUAUUGACAGUCGCAUUGAAGACGCCCAGUUAGGCCCCAGUAUCCGCGAAAAGCUUCACGAUAUAGACAAUGCGGGUGUAGAGGGUCCCGAAGUACCCGACCGGUGUCUGCAACCUGCGAACAAGUAUAAUCUGGAUCGUGAAGAGCUCUCGAGCCAUACGGACGGUUCGAAUGCCGGUUCGGACGAGGCUGCAUCGGUCAGUACUGAGAAGUGUGAGGUGAUUGGGACGCAUCAGGGACGCCUUGAAUCUACCACACGCCCAGACAGCAAAGAAGAGAUUCAUGACGCACCCAUGAACGAGGUCUCCGAUGAAGAGCUUGCCGAGACCGUAUCGACUAGCUCUCAGGUACCUGACACUCCCGACUGUGCUUCCGAGUUGAGUCGCAUGCGUCUAGGUACGGAGUCUCUAUCCUCCUUUCUUGAAGUCAUGGAGGCCGAAGAAAGCGGAAAGGCUACUCGACACGCCGUGGUCACCGCAUUCCUGAAGCUUGUCAACAUCGAGCGAAAGAAGCGAGGGGUUCAUGCUCUACCAUCGCUAUACACAGCACAUAGUGUGCUGAGUAGCAGUAUUCUUCCGCAUACAAUCAUGCUCGGUACUACGACUGUUGCGUCUUUGCUUGCGCAGUUGAGCUUCGAUGACAGGGACGAGGUUGAGAUCGUUGACGUGUGUGCGGCAUGGGAUCGGUUGAGCCAUGAGGAAGUGCAACAGUAA